AUGUCAGUCGAGUCGAUUCGACUGGUCCGCACUGACAUGGACUUGUGGCACAAAGCUUCAAAAGCCGUCAUGACAAUGGAUGAACUCGCUGCCGAGAAAACGGGUUGGGGAAAGCGAAGUGCACGAUACAGCGCUUGCGAUGCGGCCAGAGAGGCGCUUGGUAGUUCCGAUUUCUUGAUCAUCAAGAAAGCCCUCACACAUGUGCCAUGGCAGGAUCGCAUCAUGAACUCGAGCGUUUCAACCAAGACAUUGGCGCCUUGCGGCUUUGCGGUAUUCUACCCAAAAGAUCGAGACAUUGAUUGGUCUCCUUUUAAAGAAUACGUGAAAAAGUUCGUAUCUUACAGGUUCCAUCGCUGUUUGACGCUGGUAAAGGAGCCGAUCAUGGCAGGGUUCAAGUUGCAUGAUAUACCACAUGAUAGCUUGGAACCACUCCAAAGUCACUUUGUUUCUAUGCAAGAGGCGGGGAGUAUUCCAGUAGGUUUACGACACGAUGCGUUUCUCUACGUCGAUUACGAGGCGCUCCAGUCUCUGAACUUAGAUAGACCGUUCAUCUGGUUAUGUCAGCCACAGGAACACUCGACAGCACAAGAACACUUAGGCCCAGUCAAGGUAGAUAUCAAGCAUGUGGCACCAGUGUUGCUAAUGCGGUUAACACAGCGGGAUAUGUUGCUCGAAGGGCGUCAGUUGCUAAUGUAG